UAGCAUGACAUUGAUUUGAGUCAGCGAUAUAUAUAUAUACGUAAGACACGAGUGAAUGAGUGUAUCUUUAUUCUUGAAUCAGAUUGAUUUCAAGAAUACAAACAAAGAUUACGGCGAACAAAAAGGGUAGGGAAAAAACAAACAAUAAAAAUGACUGAUUACAUACAGGAAUAUAUUGCCGACAGUUUGCAUCCAAGUCAGAUUAUAGAAAGAACCAAUCAACAUUUCUCACCUGUUACCGAAGAUGGUGUGCCAAUUAGAAAAUUAUUUAUCAGCAACUUAGCAGACAGGACAUCAUUUAAAGAUCUUACAAAAUUAUUUUCCAAGUAUGGAGACGUUGAAACUUGCUAUGUAAAAAAGAAUUCAAAAAAUAAUAACUAUGCAUUUGUUACAUUUAACAGCGUAGAUGCAGCUGUGAGAGCCAGAUACGAAGAAAUAAGAUUGCACAAUAGAGAUUUAAAAAUCCUUGCAGCUGAUUCUUGGCAUCAACCAGAUAGUAUAGAGAAUCAAUAUUACAACGUCGUAAAAGAUAAAUCAAAAUUUAACAAAGUGUCAAAUGAUACAUGCAAUCUGGAUUAUGUACAAGAUAACAUUAGCAUUCAAACAUUAAAUGAUGACUGUCUGAUGCAGAUUUUUCUUCAAUUGCCAAUUGUAGAUAGGAUCAGAAUAGAAAGAGUGUGCAAGAGAUGGAAAGCAUUAAGUCAAGAGUCCUGGCAUAGUGUGAAAAGACUAGAUUUAUCGUAUUCUAUAUGGGGCUGUUUAUCUGGAAUAAACAGAAAAGAAAUUAGUAUAUGUACCAUUCGUAAAGUAUUACUGCGAUGUGGUUCAUAUUUAAAUGAGAUAAAUCUAUCCCUAGUACCGUGUCAUUUACGUCAAAGUACAGUAACUGUCGUUGCAAAAUUAUGUCCUAAUUUACAAAUAAUAGAUAUCACUGGCCUUACCGUUUCCACAUCUGGUAUCAAUUCGCUGAUCACUAAUUGCCACUAUAUUACAAAAUUUAGCCUUGGUCCUACCUCUUAUGUUUGCGAUGCAGAUCUACAAAAAUUAUUCUACGUGAAUCCAAAGUUACGAUAUUUUAGAUUCUCUGGCACUAAAAUGAGCGGACGGUGCUUAUUCCAUUUACCAUUGGAAACAAUGGAAGAAAUCGUUCUAGAAUCUUGUACCUAUCUUCAAGAACACUUCUUAUCGCAGGCAAUUCCGAAAUUACGAAACUUAAGAGCGCUUACAAUAAGUAAAUGCGUUUAUAUAACCGGUAACGUUAUUCAAGCUAUUGGCACACAUUGUACGAAUUUAAAAACGUUAGAAGUUUCUAGUAUUUUAUUUUCAUUACAAUCGGAUGACAUGUUACAUAUUGCGCAAUUAACCAAUCUCGAAGUUCUGAAACUCAGCAUGAACACUGUAGUUACGGACCUACUUCUUUCUACUUUGGCAUCGAAAUGCCUGUGUCUCACAUAUCUAGACAUUGCCGAAUGUUUUCUUGUUACAAACGCUGGCAUAACCGCUAUAGCAACUCUUCCCAAAUUAGAAGUGUUAAUAAUGAACAACUUGCGAUUAGUGACGCACAUAAAUUUACGGGACACAUCCAAUUUAAAAAGGCUAGAAUGUCGUGUUUGCAAAUUUACAGAUAGAAUGAUAAUCAAUCUUAUCGAGUCCGCGCCGCAAUUGAGGUUGCUAGAUUUAUCCGGAUGCCCAUAUAUUACUAAUAGAACAUUAGAGAAAGCUGCCACGCUUACGGUUAGUCGAACCAACAAUACUGUUUUAAAAAUAUUCGUAGGCAAAACCUCAGUGGAUCUUAGUACUUUUAAUAAAGUAUCACCGUUUUUACAAGUAGUUAAUGUAGACUUAUCUAGUUGUAAUGGCACUGUAACAUUUCCACUUGUACUAUAAUAUUUGUAAACAUUUAUUGUGUAAGAUUUUUUUAUACAUCAUAUAUACGAAACGUUAUAUAUAACGUUAACGAAACAGUUGAAAGUAUUGAAGAAUGAGAAUAACUUUGACUCAGACAUGUUUGUUUGCAAUAACUUUAGAGACAUAAAUUUGAUAGUACUUAUGUCGGUAGACGAACUUUGUAAAUCAUUUUGUAGAAGAUUCACGAAACGGAAAAAAAGGGAUGAUAGAUAAUAGUGUGAUCAUAUUUUCUGUAAACGAAGCACAUUAUUACUAUUUUAUACCAUAGUAACUAGUGUUACCAUUAAAACAGUAAUUAAAUUUUGACAGACUACGAAAUUUUUCCAUCACAGGUAAAGCGAAAAUAUAAAGUUCUGUCUAAAUCAAAAUACUGUACGCUCAAAUUAGUGUUAAUGAAAGCGACUGUUUUAAUACUUUGUAUUGUACAAGAUAAAUUUAUAUUUUCAUAAAUA